AACGAUGUGAGCCUACGAGCAUUUGACAUCUCUCCUCUCCAAUAAUAAAGCCCCAAUUUUCUCCCUCCAAAACCCUACCCCAACUCGAAACUACAAACGCAAAAAGAAACCUCUUAUCUCGUCUCCUCUCCAUCAGAAUCCAAUCCAAUGGCUUAACAAACAAGAUCAGCUAUGGAUGUGUUCUUCUCUAAAUUUAUUCUUGAGUCUCAAUUCCUCACAAACAAAACUGGGUCAGACUGUUCCUGUUAAUCCCAAACCUUUCUUGAACAAUCUGACCGGGAAGCCUGUCAUGGUAAAACUCAAGUGGGGAAUGGAAUACAAAGGUUUUCUUGUCUCUGUGGAUUCAUACAUGAACUUGCAGCUGGCAAAUGCUGAAGAAUAUAUUGAUGGACAAUUCAGUGGAAGUCUUGGAGAAAUCUUAAUCAGGUGUAACAAUGUUCUCUAUCUUCGUGGAGUUCCGGAGGAUGAAGAAAUUGAAGAAGCAGAUCGAGACUAGAUUCUUCGACUUGUACUAUUUUCUUGUUCGGAAAGCAGAAUUUUAUCUCUUCUUUGUCAUGCGCUUAUAUUGAAUACCAAAAUUAAAUGAUCUUUUAUGUCAUUGCUAAGAUUGCCAUUAGUUAACUCGGUAUGGCUCGACUAGAUAUUAUUAUGCAUAGAUCAUAAUGGAUUACAAGGAUUAAGGACUAAUGGCUGGAUAUCUAAUGGUGAAAUUGUUAAAUUGUCGUGUAAGCCCUUUGAUUUUCGAUUGCAUUAUUUUUUACUAAACAGUUAUCUUAA